AACAGCCGGCCUCCCCUGCCCAGGGCCUCUUCCGGGUUCUGGUGGAGCCUUCAGAGUGAUGCUGCUGCAGGGAGUCAAGGUGGACAUGAGAUCCGUCAUCCUCCUCGUCGUGCUGGGCUGCCUGCUGCCAUGGGAGGCCCAGCCACACAGACCGGGCUCUGCUGCCCACAGCUGCUUCUGCCAGGUUGCCGGCUACCUGGACGAUUGCACGUGCGAUGUGGAGACCAUAGACCAGUUCAAUAACCAGAAGCUGUUUCCCAAAUUGCAAAAACUACUGGAAACCGACUAUUUCAGAUACUACAAGGCGAAUCUGAAGAAGCCGUGUCCGUUCUGGAAGGAUAACAGCCAUUGUGGGAUCAGAGACUGCGCGGUGCAACCUUGUCCUACGGAUGCGGUUCCACUCGGCAUAAAAUCUCCAGGAUUUAAGUAUACAGAAACUGCUAACAUGGGUAAUGGAGAACUGGAGUGUGAGAAGGAGAAGAGACUGGGGGCCGUGGAUGAAUCCUUGAGUGAAGCGGCCCAGGAGGCGUUCUUUCAAUGGAAUCAACACGACGACUCCGCAGAUGAUAACUUCUGUGAGCACGAUGAUGAGGAGUCGCCUGAUGCAGAAUAUGUUGACUUGCUGAUUAAUCCUGAACGUUACACCGGUUACAAGGGAGCCGACGCCUGGAAGAUCUGGAACAGUAUCUACGAGGAAAACUGUUUCAAGCCCAAAGCAGUGAAACGGCCCUUGAAUCCUCUGGCGUCUGGACGUGGUGAAAAUGACGAGGUCCUGUUCUACAGCUGGUUGGAAGGCCUGUGUGUGGAGAAGAGGGCUUUCUACAGACUCAUUUCAGGACUUCAUGCCAGCAUCAAUAUUCAUCUCAGUGCAAGAUAUCUGCUGCAAGACACGUGGAUGAAUAAAAUCUGGGGCCACAAUAUCACAGAAUUCCAGACCCGCUUUGAUGCCGUUCACACCCAGAACGAAGGCCCGAGGCGACUGAAGAACUUGUACUUUAUUUAUCUCAUUGAGCUUCGAGCCAUUUCCAAGGUGCUGCCCUUCUUCGAGCGCCAGUCUUAUCUGCUGUACACAGGAAACAAAACUCUAGACCUGCAAACCAAGGAACUCCUGCUCGAUAUUCUCCGGGAAGCCAAAGACUUCCCUCUGCACUUCGAUGAAAACUCCCUUUUUGCUGGGGAUAAAAAACAAGCCGACAGAUUGAAGGAGGAAUUCCGGCAGCACUUCCGUAACAUCUCUAGGAUAAUGGACUGCGUCGGCUGCAUUAAGUGUCGGCUUUGGGGGAAGCUGCAGACUCAGGGGUUGGGCACAGCGCUGAAAAUCCUUUUCUCAGAAAAACAAAUCCAGAGAAUGCCAGAGAUCGGCCCUUCGUACGGAUUCCACUUAAAUCGUCAGGAAAUUGUGGCUCUUCUCAAUGCUUUCGGAAGAAUUUCUACAAGUAUAAAAGAAUUGGAAAACUUCAAAAGACUUCUGCAGAACGUGUGACGAGAAGGGAAGAGGAUCUGGGAGGACAGACGUUUGCACUAUCGAGGCCCUGACAUGUUUGACAAUAACUCUUGGUCAAAGUCUGAGAAUCUUACAUUCUCACUGUGAAAACUGGUCCUUGAAGGACCUUCCUGUGUAUAUUGUAAAAAAAA